UUGAGUGUUCCUUGUUACUCGUGAAGUCGACUCGAUAACGGCGCGGUUGGAUUUCGUUUAGUGUUGCUCAUUGUUUGAUUUUUUUUGGGGAAAAACAAAAGUGUAGAGACAGAUCGAAUUCAGAAGUUGGUUUGGGACAAUGAAAUUUGUGAUAGUGUUGAGUGUGGUGGCUGCGGCCUUAGCUGCGCCUGAAGGAUACCACUAUGAGGCUCCAGGAGUGACCAGCACCCUGUACUUCCCAUCGGCUCCCAGUUACUCGGCGGAAGUUGCGGAUGAUUGUGAAGAACCGGCUCCACUGCCGAUAGUGAACAUUGAACAUAAGCCACAUGCGUCCUCGUACAGUCAUCAUCAGCAAACGUCGCACGUGUACACUGCCCCAGUGAAAACUUCCUCCCACGUGUAUACUGCCCCAGUGAAAACCGUUUCCCAACAAGUGUAUACAGCCCCAGUGCAAACUACUUCUCACGUGUACACUGCCCCAGUCAAAUCUACCGUAGUUCAGCCCCUGAAAACUGUUGUGUCCUACGAAAAGGAGCAAAGCCAUUCUUACCAAAAUCAGCACGCCAGUUCCUACAGUUCUCAAUCGUCUCUACGAUCCGGAGGAUGGGAAGAAUCUAGCUCCCUUCAUGCUGGACAAUCCUCCCAGGCUGACAUCUGGGGAUCCGCCAAUCUCGAUAACCAUCAUCAUCAUCACCACCAUCAUGAAUCUAGCGCUGCUUGGGUUAAGCCUCAGCACCACGUCGAAGAAGUUUAUAAACACGUGUACGUCCAUUUGCCGCCAGAGGACAAGGAAGAAUACGAACCACCACGCAUCAUCCAGCCCCCGGCUCACAAGCAGAAGCACUACAAGAUCAUCUUCAUCAAGGCUCCAACCCCACCAAAACCGAAAUCUGUCGUCGUCCCACCACAGCCCCAGAACGAAGAAAAGACUGUCGUCUACGUGCUGCACCAGAAGCCAGAAUCCCAGCAGGAAGUGAUCGUCCAGAAACCAGAACCAGCCAAGCAAAACAAACCGGAAGUCUUCUUCAUCAAGUACAAGAACAACAAAAAGGAAGAGAAACACGUUCAUCACCACAUCGCCUCAACCGUUGCUCCAAUCUCCUACGUCAGCAGCACCGCCGCACCCGCCAUCUCCUACACCACCGGAAACAGCGUCAAGGUCCUCGAAUCGGAAUACUCCGGGAACAGUUACUCCUCCUCCGGAAACAGCUUCUCCAGCAGCGGCGCCGAGAGCUACGUCGAUUUCGGAAACAGCGACUUCUCCAGCUUCGGUAACUCCGGCCUCGGAAUCAUCAACGUCGACGCCGGCCACUACUCCUCCGGCAUCCAGAGCACCACCGCCGCCCCGGUUCUCGUCUCCACGACCGGUUCCUACGUCAGCUCAACCCCUCACAGCAUCGUGAGCAGCACUCUAGGAAGCGUCGGCCAUGUGGCCAUCAAAAAUAGCGGCCUCAGCGGCUUCUCCAGCCGAUCCAGCGCUAGCCAAAGCAGCAGCAGCAGCACAACCGUGGCCCCCAAGAAGAAGUGCCGCCGCUGUGCCAGCACCACCAGCGCACCUCUUCAGGUGCACGAGAACGCCUACGUCUCGAACGUCUUCUAGACUCGCUCAGCAGAAGACGACACGGAGAGAUUGAGGGAGACAUUUAGUAAUCAUUAUUUACUGUUAGUAAGUGGUUUCAAUAAAUUGAUUAGUUAAUAAAAA